UCCGCGACACCCUGUCAACGCCAAGUCGCUAAACUGUACGGAUCCCAAUUGCUCCCCCACUGCAUCUGGCAACUUAUUUUGGAUUUUUCUUGUCCAUAUUAAAUUGACAAAAAAAAAAAAAAAAAAAAAAGACAAGAGCCAGUGGUUUUCUGAAACAAGUCAGGUCUUUUUUUUUCCCCUAUCUGUGUUUUUCGGAUGAUAUACUGAUACACUAUCUAUUACACUGAAGAACCAACUAAUGGAUGUCGCAUUUCACUGUGUCUCUCUUCUCUCUGUUCUGGAGACAGAUCAGAGUACAUCCGUGACCCUCUUCACAACAUGAACUCAAGCUGGGAGAUGCAUAGAACAAAAGAGUAACCAUUCAGCUGUCUGUCAGCUGGUCAACCACUGACAUUUGGGAGGGGAAACAAAAGAAAGACAUAGAGAGAAAAUAUUACAAAAAUGCUAAAACAAGGAGAGGAGAUGCAGCGAGAUCUAUGGACUUCCCUCUUGCUAGUGUGGAUUACUUGUGUGCCGUACUCUUCAAUGGUUCAGCUAAAUAAUCAGUCACAAAGUUUACAGUCGGCAUCAGACAUGAUCCUGCAAAACCGGCCAAGAGAAGGACAAAGAAUCCUGAGUCGUGCUAAAAGAGGAUGGGUUUGGAAUCAAAUGUUUGUGUUGGAGGAGUUCUCUGGACCCGAUUCAAUUCUGGUUGGCAGGCUCCAUACAGAUUUGGACGUGGGGAAUAAGAACAUCAAGUAUGUGCUGGCAGGCGAAGGGGCGGGCACCAUCUUCUCCAUCAAUGAGAUGACUGGGGACAUCCACGCAAUGAAGAGGCUAGACCGGGAAGAGAAGGCAGAGUACACACUUACAGCGCAGGUCGUUGACAGAGACUCCAACCAACCUCUAGAACCGGCCUCUGAGUUCAUCAUCAAAGUGCAAGACAUCAAUGACAACCCCCCACAGUUCACUGAAGGGCCUUACAAAGGGUCAGUGCCAGAGAUGUCGCAAGUGGGUGCAUCUGUCACGAGAGUAACUGCAACUGAUGCAGAUGAUCCGGUAUAUGGAAACAGUGCCAAACUGGUCUACAGCAUUUUGGAAGGCCAACCUUAUUUCUCCAUUGACCAAUCCACUGCAAUCAUUAGGGUGGCACUGGCAGGGAUGGAUCGUGAGAUGAGGGAAGAGUAUCUUGUUGUCAUUCAAGCAAAGGAUAUGGGAGGCCACAUGGGUGGGUUGUCAGGGACCACCACUGUAACAGUCACUCUUACCGAUAUCAAUGAUAAUCCACCAAAGUUCACAAAGGGCUCUUAUGAGUUCAACAUUCCUGAGGAUCUUGGCAUUGGUAGGCCUGGAGGAAGAGUAAAAGCGAACGACAGAGACAUUGGGGAAAAUGCUAAAUCAACUUAUAGCAUCAUAGGUGGAGACGAAAGGGAUGUCUUUGAGAUUGUCAAUGAUGCUCAGACUCAGGAGGGAAUCCUCAGACUCAAGAAGCCUCUGGACUUUGAGAGCAAAAAAUUUUACAAUCUAACAGUGGUGGCUACAAACAUACGUGCCGAUUCGGUAAUGGGUGGGCCCUACAUGGACCAGGCCAUGGUUAAAAUCAUUGUUGAGGAUGCAGACGAACCACCGGUGUUCACAAAGACCAAUUAUCUUUUCGAUGUGCACGAAAAUGCUGCAAUCAACACAGUUAUAGGAGCGAUUACGGCAAGGGACCAGGAUGCCCCACACAGUCAAGUCAGGUAUUUUAUUGAUAGACACACAGAUUUAGAGAGGCAGUUUAACAUAAAUAUUGAUGAUGGGAAGAUCACAUUAGCUAAACCUCUGGACAGAGAGACGGAUAUGUGGCACAAUAUCACAGUGACAGCCACUGAAGUCCGAAACCACAGCCAGAUUUCCAGAGUCAUGGUGGCAAUCAAAGUGCUGGACAUAAACGACAAUGCCCCUGAGUUUGCCACUGAGUAUGAAGCCUUCCUCUGUGAGAACGGCAAACCUGGACAGGUGAUUCAGACCAUUAGUGCUGUGGACAAAGACAGUCCUUCCCAGGGACACACCUUCCACUACCGCUUGGAGAUUCUCAACAAUCCCAAUUUCACCAUCAAAAACAAUUUGGAUAACUCGAUCAGUGUUCUUGCCAAGCACAAUUCCUUUCGGCGACAGAAACAGGAGACGUACCUCCUGCCAAUCGUUGUGACUGACGACGGAGAUCCUCCAAUGAGCAGCACAAACACUUUAACUAUCCGAGUUUGCGGGUGCAGCAGGGAAGGAAUUGUGCAGUCAUGUAACGUUGAGGCCUUUGUUCUACCCAUUGGUCUCAGCAUGGGAGCUCUGAUUGCUAUUCUAGCUUGUAUAAUACUACUUUUGGUCAUCAUGGUCUUGUUUGUGACAUUGAGGAGACACAAGAAUGAGCCUCUAAUCAUCAAAGAUGACGAGGAUGUGAGGGAGAAUAUAAUUCGCUAUGAUGACGAGGGAGGUGGUGAGGAGGACACGGAGGCCUUUGACAUUGCCACCCUGCAGAACCCAGAUGGCAUCAAUGGUUAUCUACCUAGGAAGGACAUUAAGCCUGACCUGCAGUUCAUGCCUAGACAGGGGCAGCACUCUGGUCCAAACGGAGUUGAUGUUGACGAAUUCAUCAACAUUCGGCUUCAUGAGGCAGACAAUGACCCCACAGCUCCCCCGUAUGACUCCAUCCAGAUCUACGGCUACGAGGGUAGGGGCUCCAUUGUGGGCUCACUGAGUUCCCUCGAAACAGCCUCCUCAGACUCUGACCAGAACUAUGACUACCUUAGGGAGUGGGGUCCACGCUUCAGAAGACUGGGAGAGCUCUAUUCCGUGGGUGAGAGUGACAAAGAGACUUGACCUCCAACCACCAAGGACCAUGCUUUUGUCCACAUAACUUGUGUAUUAUGCUAUGGGGAUUACCAGAUGUUAGACACAGCUGGGGUUGGGGCACCUUUUUAUACUUGUUAGAGAGACCUAAUAGCAUUAGUCAUCUACCACAUCAGAGUGCAUUAUAAUGUCAGAACUGAACAUUGUCUAUAGUAGGAGGUCAAUGAUUCUUGUGGAGUGUGAGUUUAGAUUACUGUCAUUGAGUAUCUAGCAGUAUUUUGGGUAUUUGUUGUUGUGGCACUGUGACCGCUAGAGGCAUUGGUAGUCGCUUGACAAGACUGAAAGGAAAGUGGGCUUUCAGACAGGUUGUAGACCAGCAUGGCUACUCUGAAGGAAAGAACUGCAGAGGCCUCAAAAUGACACCACUUCCCAGCAAACACCGACCUAUUGCCAUCAAUCAGCCAUUCAGAUAAGGACAUUUUUAAAGAAGAAGGUAAACUAAAUAGCAAUAUAUGGUCUACAUUACUUAUGAAUGUACAGUAUGUGUGAUUUAACAAAUGUGAGCUCAUUGAACAUGCAUUACACUGGCUUUAGGAUCUGCCUGCUGAGGAAACAUCUGACCCUUUGAUACUUCAUGGACAGAUUUAUUGAGUAAACUGGAAAAGCCUUGUGGCUUGCUUUAUACAACCCUUUGUAUUCACAUGCUUUAAGUGUGGUUCACACUCAACGAUAAUUAGACUGUGUGAAACUUUGAGGAGAACAAGAAAAUUGUGGAAACAAUGAGGCCUUCGUUUUACGUCGUAUUGAAAUGCUUUUGGAAAUUUGAUGGUGUUUCUUCAUUAUUGUCUAUGUUUUAUAUAAAUAUUCAUCGACAGUUGUCUGUUUUGUGCUGCCGGUAUGAGUAUAUUUUGUACCUUUUAUUAUUUAUUUAUUUAUUUAUUUUAAUAAAAUUCUCAUUUGUAUUAUUUUAACUUUAUUAUUAUUAUUUAACAUUUUAAUUUGAAGUUUUUUCCACUUCAGCUUUGUUUCAUUCUGCCACAUCACACAUCAUGAGGAUGAUUUUCUUUUAAAAGUUUUACUGAAUUUCUGUACUGAACUUCAAAGUGAGAUACAGAGAUUUGUUAACUAAACUGAACUGUGAAAUCAAGUGAGUACUUGUUCAUGACCAGGGAAGAUAAGUCAAUAUUUUAUUGACUAUGUGUGUGUAUAUAUCUGCAUACUAUAUACAGUGAUAACGGUGAUCGUUCUAAGCACAAUAGCUGGAAGCAUUUAGUUCUUGUUUAUGUUUGACCCCUGCUGUUUUAAAAAUGAAAAACUGGUCAUAUCAGAAACUAUUGAGUGAAGAGAUACAGAAACAGACAUGCAUAAUGUGUGGCAUUGUAUGAUAUUAGAGCAACAAAAAGAGAGAGAGAGAGAUGUACAUAGUCAUUGCUAAUUAUCUUAGCUUUUCUUUGAAGUGAAGGUUUCAUCUAUGAACGUUGGCUAUUGCACAUGGUGAUCUGAACGACAAUGGAGCUGCGUGCAUAUUUGUUUGUACUGAUGCAAUAUAUGGCAAUUCUCUUGAAUGGACAGUAUAUAUAAAAUAGAUUUCCAUGCAAAUCAUAUUUUCUACUGUGCUUUAAUGCUCAUACACUUGUAUGUUUAAUUAGCUACUCUCUGUAUUGUAAUCUAAGA